AUGGGCAUCUCAGAUAUAUUUCGUUUUAUUUACUUCUUUCUUUUAUUUAGUCACAUCAACUCUGAGUGUUUUCCGGGAUGCUCCUGCGUGACUGAUCGUUAUGGAAGGUCACUCACAUGUAUGGAAACAGCAUUGCCGUCAGUUCCUGAGGAUUUACCGCAAGACCUUACCAAAAUUCGCAUUGAGAAGUCACAGCUACGUGAGCUGCCGAGGUCAGCAUUUUCCCGCGUAAAGUCAUUAAAGAAUCUUUGGCUGAAUUUUAACGAAAUCGCAAUCAUAAACAUCAAAAGUUUGGAGGGUUUGGUUAACCUGACCGAGCUCAGGUUGCAGGGUAACAAACUUCGUUCAGUACCAUGGACAGCGUUUGAGGAAACACCCAACCUGAAGAUUCUGGACCUGAAACACAACCUCAUUGACGCUCUCCCUGAAUACGCGCUGAAGUUUUUACCAGGUCUUACCUAUUUAGAUCUAUCCUCUAAUCAACUGUCUGUUAUUUCUAAGGACGUCUUCUUAAACUGGCCUCUGUACACUGAAAGCAAAAAAGACAAAACCGCAGCGCCUAACGUUGUUUUGGUGCUUCACGACAAUCCGUGGCUUUGCGACUGUCGCCUUGUAGGCUUCGUUGAAUUUAUCAGAUCGUUGAGCCAGCCGUUCAUUCUAAUGAACUCGUAUUUAACAUGUUCUGGUCCGGAAUUCAGGGCUGGGAAAUUUUUUCAUGAGGUCGAGUUAAAAGCAUGUGUCCAACCAGCAGUUAGAGUCCAGACCACCAACAUAACGGUGCCGUUGGGCGGAAAUGUCACUUUAACAUGCUUUGCGAUGUCCAGACCCGAACCUGCUAUUCGAUGGAUAUACGGCCUUAAGAUACUAAGAGGAUUUCGUGAGAUUCAGAGCCGUGUGGAUGAGGACACUAUUAUGUCCCAGCUGGUCAUCCCUUCUCUCCACCUGGCUGAUCGAGGGGUCUACACCUGCAUCGCCAACAAUUUCCUUGGGAAUUCUUCCAUCAACAUCCAGCUACACGUGAACAACCCAGAUGGCUCGCUGUCUCAUUCCCCAGUCCUCUCUGCUGCCAUAGCUGAGGAAAACGUUUACAUCGACAUCCGUAUCGCUAAGCAGACAGUCUACGGCAUAACGAUUGAGUGGCGUGCUGUGACUGAGAAUCCAGCGGAAACCUGGUUCACCGUCCAUUUUGGCCGCUCUGACACGCCCAGGAAGGAGCUGAUAUACAUCGGGCCAGGCAUUAACUCCUAUUCCGUCACAGACCUCCUCCCAGCCACCAAGUAUGAAAUCUGUGUGACUCUGAAAAACCAGGCACCUCGGAACGACCAGUGCAUUGUGUUUGUUACGGGCAGUGAUUUCAAUGAGAUGGAACAGAGAGAGAGGCUCAUUCACAUCGUGGUCAUUGUGCUUGUCAUGGUGCUCGCCGUGCCGGCGGGAAUGUACGCGUGCACCACCGAUGCCAGGUUCAACUGUUUUGAGCGUGGGAUGGAGAUGUGGAGAAACAGGAGACAUACUGAGCACCCUCACAGGUCGGAUGAGAGGCAGGGUACGUUUGAUAGUCUCCAAGCUGCCAGCGAUGAGGGCCUCUGUCAGGAGUCCAGCAAGGAUCAAAUGACCCGACGAAGGUCUGCUGAAAAGAUACAUAAAAUAAAGAAUGAUCGCAGACCAACAGCUGAGCUUUACUGA